GCAGUUCCUCUAGAUCUAUUCCCUUGAUGUUGUAGGUCAGUCGGAUCCAGGUACAGAGAUGGUCUUGGGAAGGAAGCUAAGAAGGAAGAGAUCGAGCCUUGCUGUUUUUAUCUGGAAAAUGUGUGGAUUUGAUCUCAGGGCUAGCAGCAAAUCUUAUGUCUGUGAUGUUAACAGUUUCAGCCUCGUGGAAAACUCCGUAAAGUAUUAUGAUGACUGUGCAAAAAUACUAGGUUGCUGUAACAGUCUGACGACGCCCCGCUCCCCAAAGACCGAAUUCACCAAGAACAACCUAAACAAAACUUGGACACAGCAAACUUCCUACAACAGACAUUCUACCACAGCUGCUGUCUGUCACAGGUCAUGGCUGAGGUCGUCUGGCCAAAGACUGGGUACACUUAAUUAGGGACAACGCCAACAAUACUUGGAUAACACCCCCUCAGGUAUACGUAGUACGAAGAUAAGAACAUUGUGAUUUAGAGCUGGUCCUAAGUAUGGCCUCCACAGCAAACAGAGGUUUACUGGUGUCACUCUGUCAUACACAAAAUCUAGACUACUAACUAUUUAGCAUUGUUCAGGUUCAACCAAAAUCUGUAUACAAAUUAUGACUGUCUUAAUUGCCAC